GAUGGCGGCUGCUCCUUUGGAGGAGAGGGAUUGAGAGGGGAGGAGGGAAGAGGCUAGAUGCGAGAGACCUUCCCGGCGGUGGAGACGAACUCUUCGCUCGCCAUUCAUUAGGAGCUUUGCUCAGCGCCGGAGGUGUCCUAGAACGAAAACUUCACCAUGGCUACAGAAAUUGGUUCUCCUCCUCGUUUUUUCCAUAUGCCAAGGUUCCAACACCAAGCACCUCGACAACUCUUUUAUAAGCGACCUGAUUUUGCACAGCAGCAAGCAAUGCAACAACUUACUUUUGAUGGAAAACGGAUGAGAAAAGCAGUAAACCGAAAAACCAUAGACUAUAAUCCAUCUGUAAUUAAGUAUUUGGAGAAUAGAAUAUGGCAAAGAGACCAGAGAGACAUGCGGGCAGUUCAGCCUGACGCAGGUUAUUAUAAUGAUCUGGUCCCACCUAUAGGGAUGUUGAAUAAUCCUAUGAAUGCAGUAACAACAAAAUUUGUUCGAACAUCAACAAAUAAAGUAAAGUGUCCUGUAUUUGUUGUUAGGUGGACUCCAGAAGGAAGACGUUUGGUCACUGGAGCUUCUAGUGGAGAGUUCACUUUGUGGAAUGGACUCACCUUCAAUUUUGAAACAAUAUUACAGGCUCAUGAUAGCCCAGUGAGGGCCAUGACUUGGUCACAUAAUGACAUGUGGAUGUUGACAGCAGACCAUGGAGGAUAUGUGAAAUAUUGGCAGUCGAACAUGAACAACGUCAAGAUGUUCCAGGCACAUAAGGAGGCGAUUAGAGAGGCCAGUUUCUCACCCACGGAUAAUAAAUUUGCUACAUGCUCUGAUGACGGCACUGUUAGAAUCUGGGACUUUCUUCGUUGCCAUGAGGAAAGAAUUCUCCGAGGGCAUGGUGCAGAUGUGAAAUGUGUAGACUGGCAUCCAACAAAAGGGUUAGUUGUUUCAGGAAGUAAAGAUAGUCAACAACCAAUCAAGUUCUGGGAUCCCAAGACGGGGCAGAGUCUUGCAACACUCCACGCCCAUAAAAACACAGUAAUGGAAGUGAAAUUAAAUCUCAAUGGCAAUUGGCUGCUCACCGCAUCACGUGACCACCUCUGCAAACUUUUUGAUAUCCGAAACCUGAAGGAAGAGCUUCAAGUCUUCCGAGGUCACAAGAAAGAAGCCACAGCUGUGGCCUGGCAUCCUGUUCACGAAGGACUAUUUGCCAGUGGCGGGUCCGAUGGCUCUUUGUUAUUCUGGCAUGUGGGGGUAGAGAAGGAAGUGGGUGGGAUGGAGAUGGCCCAUGAAGGAAUGAUCUGGAGUCUGGCUUGGCAUCCUCUUGGACAUAUUCUCUGCUCAGGUUCAAAUGACCAUACUAGCAAAUUUUGGACCCGAAACCGACCAGGUGAUAAAAUGCGAGAUCGAUAUAAUCUCAACCUAUUGCCUGGAAUGUCUGAAGAUGGAGUAGAAUAUGAUGACCUUGAACCUAAUAGCCUGGCAGUAAUUCCAGGAAUGGGAAUACCAGAACAACUAAAACUGGCUAUGGAACAGGAGCAGAUGGGGAAAGAUGAGUCAAAUGAAAUUGAGAUGACAAUUCCAGGUUUGGACUGGGGAAUGGAGGAGGUGAUGCAAAAGGAUCAGAAAAAAGUUCCUCAGAAGAAAGUUCCAUAUGCAAAACCUAUUCCUGCUCAGUUCCAGCAGGCGUGGAUGCAAAAUAAAGUUCCAAUUCCUGCCCCAAAUGAGGUACUGAAUGACAGAAAAGAGGACAUUAAGUUGGAAGAGAAGAAGAAAACACAAGCGGAAAUUGAACAAGAAAUGGCCACGUUACAGUAUACUAACCCACAGCUUCUGGAGCAACUUAAAAUUGAAAGACUUGCACAGAAACAGGCUGAGCAAAUUCAGCCACCUCCUUCAUCUGGCACUCCUCUCCUCGGACCCCAGCCCUUUCCAGGACAAGGUCCAAUGUCUCAGAUUCCUCAAGGUUUUCAACAACCCCAUCCAUCUCAGCAGAUGCCAAUGAACAUGGCUCAAAUGGGGCCUCCGGGGCCGCAGGGACAGUUUAGACCCCCUGGACCCCAGGGACAAAUGGGACCACAAGGUCCUCCACUGCAUCAGGGAGGUGGGGGGCCACAAGGAUUCAUGGGACCACAAGGGCCCCAGGGCCCACCCCAGGGGUUGCCGAGGCCUCAGGACAUGCAUGGGCCCCAAGGAAUGCAAAGGCAUCCUGGACCUCAUGGCCCUUUGGGACCUCAAGGACCACCUGGACCACAGGGUAAUUCUGGUCCUCAAGGUCAUAUGGGGCCUCAGGGUCCACCUGGCCCACAAGGUCACAUAGGCCCCCAAGGCCCACCUGGUCCCCAGGGUCACUUGGGCCCUCAGGGGCCUCCUGGUACUCAAGGUAUGCAGGGACCACCUGGUCCCAGAGGAAUGCAAGGACCUCCUCACCCUCAUGGGAUCCAAGGUGGGCCAGGGUCUCAAGGGAUCCAAGGUCCUGUGUCUCAGGGACCUCUGAUGGGAUUGAAUCCAAGAGGAAUGCAGGGUCCUCCAGGCCCCCGAGAGAACCAGGGUCCUGCUCCCCAAGGGAUGAUGAUGGGCCACCCGCCUCAAGAGAUGAGAGGACCUCACCCUCCAAGUGGACUGCUGGGACACGGCCCUCAGGAGAUGCGAGGCAUGCAGGGGCCUCCAGCCCAAGGGUCCAUGCUAGGCCCUCCCCAGGAAUUGCGGGGGCCUCCAGGCUCACAAGGUCAGCAGGGGCCGCCCCAGGGCUCUUUGGGGCCUCCACCCCAGGGUGGCAUGCAAGGGCCCCCUGGACCUCAGGGACAGCAGAACCCGGCAAGAGGGCCACAUCCGUCUCAAGGGCCAAUACCAUUCCAGCAGCAGAAAACAGCUCUGCUAGGUGAUGGGCCUCGGGCCCCCUUCAAUCAGGAAGGACAGAACGCAGGCCCCCCACCCCUGAUACCAGGCCUAGGGCAGCAGGGAGCACAAGGUCGCAUCCCCCCUCUUAACCCUGGACAAGGACCUGGCCCUAACAAAGGUGACUCACGCGGCCCUCCAAACCACCACAUGGGCCCCAUGUCAGAGAGGCGGCAUGAGCAGAGCAGCGGCCCUGAGCACGGGCCUGAGAGGGGGCCUUUCCGGGGCGGCCAGGACUGCAGGGGUCCCCCUGAUAGGCGUGGCCCUCACCCCGACUUCCCUGACGACUUCAGCAGACCAGAUGACUUCCACCCGGACAAACGCUUUGGCCACCGAUUACGUGAAUUUGAGGGGCGAGGAGGACCUUUACCACAAGAAGAGAAGUGGAGGCGCGGGGGCCCCGGGCCUCCGUUUCCGCCUGAUCACAGGGAAUUCAGCGAGGGGGAUGGCCGGGGCGCAGCUCGGGGCCCUCCGGGGGCUUGGGAAGGCCGCAGACCUGGAGAUGAACGAUUCCCCCGGGAUCCUGAGGACCCACGUUUUCGAGGGCGCAGAGAAGAAAGCUUUAGAAGAGGAGCACCCCCAAGACAUGAAGGCCGUGCCCCGCCCCGAGGUAGGGAUGGCUUUCCUGGUCCUGAAGACUUUGGUCCAGAGGAGAAUUUUGAUCCUUCUGAUGAAUCGGCCCGAGGAAGAGAUCUCCGAGGUCGAGGUCGGGGUACCCCGCGAGGAGGAAGGAAGGGUUUGCUCCCCACUCCUGAUGAGUUCCCUCGCUUUGAAGGAGGACGGAAACCAGACUCCUGGGAUGGAAAUAGAGAGCCAGGGCCAGGUCAUGAACAUUUCCGUGAUGCUCCGCGCCCUGAUCAUCCCCCUCACGACGGUCAUUCCCCAGCUAGCAGAGAACGUUCCUCUUCUCUGCAGGGCAUGGACAUGGCAUCCCUGCCACCCCGAAAGCGCCCCUGGCACGACGGGCCGGGGACCUCGGAGCACAGAGAAAUGGGCCCCGGGGGUCCGUCUGAGGAUCGAGGAGGCAAAGGCCGAGGGGGCCCAGGACCUUCCCAGAGAGUGCCAAAAUCUGGGCGCUCCAGCUCCUUGGAUGGGGAUCACCACGACGGCUACCACAGAGAUGAACCUUUUGGGGGCCCUCCGGGCAGCGGUACUCCUUCCAGAGGGGGCCGUAGCAGCAGUAACUGGGGUAGAGGGAGUAACAUGAACUCUGGCCCGCCACGGCGAGGAGCUUAGGGUGGUGGAAGGGGUCGGUAGAAGUUGGGGCUGAGUAUCCCAAGGCCUCUCUGGACAGUAUUUAAGAACUUCUUGUGGACUUACCAAGAGAAACAAAAGGAAGCCUGCACCAUGUAGCCCUGAACUUUCUGGGGCAGCUGAAGCCCCAGGAGCCCCUAAUGACGUCGAGAUGAAGACUGCUGCUGGCGACCCAGAGUGGCCGGCCUCGUUCUGUCCUGUCCACCCUCACUGCCCUGACUCCCACUGUUUUGUGAAGAGAAAAGCUGGAAUCUUUUUUUUUUUUUUUUUUUUUUUAGGUGUCACGCGACAUGGAGCCUCCACAAAUUUAAGUUCAUGUCCAAUUGGAAAUGUUUCUAUAUGUACAGUUUGUCAGAGAAAAACAUUAAGUUGUUUUUGUAUGAAUACAGAAUGUGAUUUAUGCAAGAAAUAACAGAAAACUAGUUGUGAAAUGCUUGCCUUAAGGAACCCUUCGUUCCCACUGCACCCAGGCUGCUGAGGGGUGUAUAGUUACAGCUUGUAUCUGUGAACACACUUGAUGGGUACCUCUAAGCCGUCGAAGUUAACUUUAACUGUGAACUUUGUCUUAAAUCCUCCUCUACCUAUUCUGUCACACUUAUUUUUGUAAGAGUGAGAAAUACUUUGAAACUAUAACACAGUCUGAUGUGGAUCCAAAGCCUUAGCUACCCACCAGCUCUGGCAGGUGGAAAAUUCUACUCCAAAGAAAAAAAAAUCUUCUGGCUUUGCAAGUAGGGGUUUGCCCUUGGGUGCAUCUCCUGGUAAUCACACUUAGACUUGAAUUCUCUUGUUCCUGAUGAGAGGAACCUGAUGUAAGCCAGAAAUUAACUACAUGUACCCUUCUGAUUACUGUACAUCAUGUCACAAAUUGUUUAAGGAAUAGACCAAAUAUCUCCUAAACAAUUUUGCAAAACUUUCUCUCCUACCAGUAUUUAAGGCAGGGAAUAGUUCUCGCUUAAAGCCAGGAAGUUCUCAUCCCCAACAAACUCCUUUAGUUUUAAAUAAAUGUUAACAUUUGGCCCGGUUUGGAUUGGAAGCAAAAGUUCAGUUUUGGUAACCCCAUAUUUUCUCUACACACACUUUGUUUUUAUAAGAAAACUAUUACUCAAAGGAUAUUCCCGUGGCCGCCCUAACAUCUUAUUACUUUGCCAGCUUCAAUUUGGUACUGGAGACCAGCUGACCUGGCCAGUUCAUUGGUGCUGGGAGUCUCAGCGUUUGCCUAGACAGGGAUGCUGGCACAGGUGGACAGAUAACAAAACCCUCUUAAUUGGUUCCCUGUCAAUGUAAAACAUGGCAAAAGGUAAGUUAUUUCUGCACACACACUGCUCUUCAGGGUGCUAGAACCUAGAGACUACAAGUGAAUAAUUUUCACUUUGUUUUGAAAUAUAAGGACGUUUACCAGCAUGUCAGUGUGAACACACGAUUAGGAGGCUCCAGAAUGCUUCAAGUUUGUGGGACGUUCUUUAUUUGUCCUCCACUGGCACAGCUUAAGAAGUUGUAAUCAAAUUCCGAUAAGCUAAAAUGGGAUCCAGGGACCAAACCCAUAUUGAGAGGCUUUUUCUGAGAUUCAUGUGCUAAGAUCUUUACCAUCAUAACAUUUUAUUUAGGCUUCAGCUUUAAACAAUACAGUACCUCAGCAAACAUAACCACAUCACAUUUUGAGAAAGAAUUCCUUUAAAAAAAACUGCAAUCUUUACACUGUAAUUUACUGAAUACUUAGGAACUUUUAGAACAUUACCACCAAGUACAUACAAGGUAUUGUGCUUUGAAUUUUAUAAACGCUACAUUUUCGGUGUUUGAAUUCUUGAGAAAAUGCUGGGAAAACAAUUAAAAAAAACCAUAACAGCAUCAACAUAAAAAUGGGCUAAACACUGUCAGAUCUUCAGCUGUGCAAAUUCUAGAGAAAUUGAGAACUAGGACAGAGAUUUAACUAGGGGAUAGAAGGAGCAGCCAAUGGCACAAGUUUUUUCCAAUUACAAAAAAAAGUCCCUCUAAAAACAUGUGCUUUUACUACAAACACCCUCUUGUUUGUUCCUCUUGAGGUAGGUAAGUAGCCCUGUUUACUGAAAGGGGAACAAGGCAGUAAUUCUUAGAGAAUACUGGGGUGCGGAGCCCCCAUGAAGUUGGGGCAGGGAUUAGGACACUGAUCAGGAUCUAGGAAUAUAAAUAUUGAGCAAAAGGAGGCAAUGCUCUAUUGCUGCCUGACACACCUGUUUAGGCAAAGUGGAAUCCAGCCCCAGAAAAUAAUUAUUUUCAAACUGUGCAAUCCAGUGCACAGAAAAGUAGUUCUCCACCUUAGGUGAACAGGGAAUCAUCUGGAGAGCUCUAAAAAAAUUACUGAGGCCUGGGUUCCCCGCCGCCCCUCUCCAGAUUCUGGCUGAAUUGAUCUGGUUCUUCAAGUAAUUUUGAUGUGAACUGAGACCCACUGAUAAAGAAUUUGAAAAUCCUAAGUACAUUUACUUUCUAGUUAAUAUAGAGCUACUAACAAAACAUGUUUUCUGGACUCAUCAGAAUACUGAGUCCGAACUUUUUGGCAAUACAUAGGGUAUGCAAUGAAGUCAAAGACAAGAGUAAAUGCUGAACCUAAGAGGCAACGUGUCAGAUAUGAAAAGCAUCUUACACUGCAUUAGAAUCAGCCUACAAAAUAUAAAUUGCACUUUAAAAAGCAGGUAGUAAAACUAGGAAUGAUAAACUAGGACUUGUAGAAAUCCACGAUUUCCGUCAAAUACAGAACUUUGCAUGUAGAAGUCUCUUGUCUGGCAGGAGUCUCCAACCCAGUUCUGCCCAGGGACCUCUCAUAGCAUCAUCGACAGGUCAUGCUUGGGGCAUUUACUUUUUGGUCCAUCGCUUUCAUGUCUAAUACAAAACCAAUUUUCCUUCAAUUUUAUAAGGCACCAUAUUAACAAUUUCAUUAAAAAAAAAAAAGAAAAA